AUGUGUGGGGUGAGUUACUGGCGCGCAAACCGCGAUUCUUCCCCUGUCGCGAGAAAACAAGCUUAUAGUCACAUUUUGGGCAGGGCAUUUCUUCUGAGUUCGCUGUUUCUCACCACCUCAUACAAUGUCACAUUCGCCUUUGGUAAGCCGCUCUCGGCUCUCGAUGCCAUCGCCCGCUCUUCCGCAUCUCGGCCGUCAUCUCCCGCCGACAAAGAGGCCGGCAUUCCUCUUACCGAAGAGUUCGUUCAGCAAAUCCCUUUGCGAUCCCAUUUGCGGUCUCUAUCUGCGACCUCUGCUUUGAGCGAGAUCAGCAGUCCCGCGCAAUCCCGCUACCAGACCUGGUGGACCAAACUCAAACUCCUGGUGAGCUCGUAUGGUCUGCGAGUCGAGUAUUUCACGCGCGUUUUGGGCAACACCAGUGAUCACAACUGGUCGCGUUUUCAGUCAUGGUGGAUGAAGAUUGGUCUGCUCGUAGUGAUCUGUUGUCUGCGGGUUGAGACUUUUCGACAAGCCACGCUCAACACUGAGUGUGCAACCGCUGGAUACACAUGCGCUAUUCCGUUCAUCAUCUCCCUUUACGAUUACCGGCGCAACCAGCGAUUUCGACAAGUGGAGGCGUAUGUCCCUCUCCAGCGAUUUCAAAAUCUACCUGUGCAACUGCUGCUUUCGUUCUGCCGACGAACUCAAUACCUUCUCACGCAAAGUCGCCUGAAGGGUAUUAUCGCAGCUACCUUGCUCUCGUCAGGUGGACUAUUGGCUGCGUCAUUUUCAGCUGGAAGCCAGUCAACCUACAUCUGUUCAUUGACGACCAGUGACGCAUCACAUCUGCAGACAAUCAAGAUCUUCAACGUAUUGGUGGACUCGUUACUAUUGAUUGGAGUUGUCGAGCUUUACCGAAAUGGCUCUCGGCUUGACGAGGCGCGCAGAAAACGAACCUUGGUUUCACUUGGAGCCGGUCUCAUUGCUGUCGGUGCGAUCUGGGCGAUAACCGGGUUCGUUGUAUCUAACGGUCGCCCCGAGCACAGCGGCCAGCCUGUGCUGGAUUUGGACUACACACACAGUGCUUUCAACCAAGCCGUACUCGUGGUGAUCUUUGCCGUCUCAGCUUGGCUUAUGCUGCCACAUUUUGGCCUCCUGGGUCUAACUUUAAUCGGUGGCUUUAUGUUUAUUUACUUCUCCUCGGUAUCGAUCUUUGUCGUGGGGCAGAUGCCAUUUCCAUUCAUCUCUUUGGCACGCUCCGUUGCCCCCUUUAUCUUCACCUUCACGGGAGUUGUCAUCUUCCUUCAAGGACGACCUGUCUCUGAAGAGCACACAAAACCUUUGUUUUUUCGCACCCACGUUUUGCUCCAGGUGUUCUUUGCAUUUCUUGCCCUGGUCGGUCUCAUCUUUGCCGGGAGUAAGCAUCGUCUCGCCCAUGUCCAUCCCAUCGAGCUUCUCAUCCACGAUGGGAGAAUCCACCACAAUAAGUUUGUCGAGCAGGCUAGUGUUAGUAAAAACAUUUCAGCUGCCGUCGUGGAAUAUCGGCGACGAUAUAACCAGCACCCACCGCCGGGAUUCGACAAGUGGUAUCAGUAUGCGACUAGCCGAUCAUCCGUGGUUAUCGACGAUUUCGAUCAAAUCUACGAUAACUUACUCCCUUUCCGAACCCUCCGCCCGGAUCAUAUCCGAAAAAUGACACAUCAGCUCGCGACAAACCCGUUCAAUGACCUCGGUGGGAUCAGCAUUCGCAAUGGCAAAACCAAAGUGCAAGAUGGUAUCAGGGAGAGCCAUGCAUGGAUGGUGAUAGCCGCUGCGCAGAUGAUCGACAAUUUCGCCGAGCAUCUCCCCGAUAUGGAUCUAGUCUUCAACUUAAAUGAUGAACCACGCAUUGCCGUGCCAUGGGAAAAGGCAUCCGUGAUAACACAAGAGGCAAGAAUGCAGGAACCCGUGCCUGAUGAGAAUGUGGUGAGCACGUGGUCGGCGAACCGACAUCAAAACUGGGGAUCAAUCGAACCGCCAGAACAAACCGAGGAGACUGUGUUCACUGACGGUGCAUGGAGGGGCGUAUUCGAUCCCUACGUGAGCGCUGUCUGCCCUCCAACGUCCAAAGCGCGAUCCCAGCGGAUCUGGGACCGUCGAGAAAUUUGUCUGAGCUGUGCGGGGCCGCACUCCAUGGGCCAAUUCCCCUUGGACUUCAUGAGAGCAUCGGAAAUCUGCCAUCAACCCGACCUUGCUUUCCUGCACGGACUCAUGAUCUCGCCUUCAUCCUUCAAAGUGUCACAGGAAUUGGUGCCGGUCUUCAGUCAAAGCGCAAUCUUUGGGUUCAAUGAUAUACUUUACCCCAGCCCAUGGAACUAUGUGAACAAAACCAAGUACGCGCCUUCGGACGAGCACCCGGACCCGCAUUACUACCACAAAAAAAACUCUCUCUAUUGGGUGGGCAGCACGUCCGAAGGCUUCAGCCGCUUCGGGGAGUGGAAAGGCAUGCCGCGACAACGGUUCACGCACCUGAUCAACAACAACACGCAAAGUCAAGUCUCAGUUCUUCUGCCGGCAAGCAAAAACUCAUACCGGUACGAAAUCAUGGACGGGGGUGCGCCCAUGCGAGACUUGCAGUUGCAAACCAGCGUUCGGCUCGCAGACCCGAUAGUCCGAUGCACCGACUGUGAGAAGCAGCAAGCUGAGAUGGGCACUACGGGCUGGGCCGAGUUCCAGGACCACUGGGCCAACCGGUUCCUGUUCGAUGCCGACGGCGCGGGCUUCAGCGGCCGCUUUCUGCCCUUCCUGUUGAGUCACAGUCUGCCGCUGAAGACUGGUCUCUUCCGACAGUGGUUCGAUUCGCGUGUGACCUCGUGGAUGCAUUUCGUGCCCAUUGACAUCCGUCUACACGGCCUGUGGAGUACCCUGGCAUUUUUCGCUGGCGUUGUGGACCCGGCCUCCGACCCCGACGACCCAGACAUCUUGAUGAAGCCGCAUGAGGCCCAGGGCCUAUGGAUCGCUGAAGAAGGUCGCAACUGGGCCCAGGUUGCGCUCCGCAAAGAAGAUAUGGAGAUUUAUUUCUUCCGCUUACUAUUGGAGUGGGGUCGGCUGACCGAUGACCAGAGAGAUGUACUGGGGUUCAAGCCGUAG